GCGACUUUUAAAAUUGAUUUCGAGACAAAAUGAUUAAGAGAAUUUCUUUCCUACAAACAAUUUUUAGGAAUUAAGUCUAUUUGUUUGCCUUUGUUUUUAUUAUAAACUCUAGCUAGUGCUAUUACAAAUAGCAAUAACUAUUUUACCACAAAGAAAAAUCUACGCUGUUUUAAUUGUGAUGCUCUUAUUGUGAAUGAAUUUAUCACUAUAGUUUCAUAAAGUUUAAUUACCUAUUACAUUGGUCAACAGCAAAUCAAAUUGAGUGCACGAGUAAUCCGUACAAACAGUGUCAUUUAUAAUACUGGACAUUUUGGCAAAGAAACAGCCUUGAGCAGGCAAGAAUGGAUCGACAUAAAUUUCAUUUGAAAUUUGUUUUAUUUUUGAAUAACGAGUAUUAUUACGUAUUAUAAUUUACGAUUGCAUAAAAUUGCCGUAGACCAGUGAAUAGACAAAGAAAGAAAGAAACAAACUUCUUUAUAAAAAUAUCGUUCAGUCGGUUCUUCCUCGCAGUUCGGAAGCGAUAAGGAGAAGUGUUGUUCUGUAGUGCAGCUGCGUGCAAGAAGAUCCUUGAAGAACGUGCAUCAAAAUGGCUGCCACACACCUUGACGUUGGUCUACGAUGCAUCAAAUACCUGCUGUGCGCCGUUAACUCUCUGUUUGUGUUAACGGGGAUAAUGAUUAUAUCAGUUGGAACAACAAUUUACGCAGUUUAUGAAGACUUCUCUCAUUUCCUCGAUCCAAGUUACUUUUCUCCAGCAACUCUGUUAAUUGUAGUUGGGAUCCUUGUGUUCAUAAUAGCCUUUCUAGGAUGUUGCGGAGCUCUUCGGGAAAGUACCUGUAUGGUUCUCAUUUUUGCAGCGUCUCUUAUAAUAAUUCUUAUACUGGAAUUAGCCGCUGCAGUUGCGGCUUAUGCACUUCAGGAUAAUAUAAAAGAUCUCCUAAGAGACAAAAUUAACGUUACCAUGCAUGAGUACAACGAAAAUCCCGAAGCAAAGGAUGCCAUCGAUUUUCUACAGUCGAGACUUUAUUGCUGUGGGUACGACGGAUAUACAGAUUGGGAAGAUAUUAUGCAAAAGGAUAAUAUUGAGCUACCAAAAUCUUGUCAAAUAUAUACUUCUGAUGAAGAAAAUAGUAUUAUUCCAUAUGCCCCUGGAUGCAUUAGGCGUCUUUCAGUUAUUGUUAACAGAAGUGCGCUUUAUGUCGGAACUGGAGCUGUAGCCAUUGCUCUUAUUCAGUUAACUGGAAUAAUGUUUGCCUGUAUGUUAGGCCGAGCAAUUAGAAGACAGAAAACAGAAAGAGAGCGGCGUAAAUGGGAAUUGAGAGAAAGUUUGGUCAAUGGAUAUCAGCCAUUAGGAAAAUCUGAUCCUCUUACUACUUUUCCUGUUGUGUACAUGUCUUCUGAUCCUUUAAAGAACACCUAAAAAUGUUUGUUUUUGUAAAUUCAUAAUGAAUUACUUUUUCAUUUAAUAAUUUGUCUUAUUAAAUAUUCUAUUUCAACGUUUUUAAACAUUUCCUAUCUCAACAUCAUUCUGCCUUUCGAAGUUCUAGAAUGAAUAAAUAAAUUGUCUUUAAAUAUU